AUAUCACAAUUUUUUCUUUCGGUCUCAGAAUAUUUUUACUUACACAGGGGAACGAGAGAGAAAGAAAGAAAAGAAGAGAAAAAAGCUUCUCUCUUUGUUUGUGCUUCUGUGAAAACCCAAAAAUCGAAAUCUCAUCGUAAUCAUAUAUAAAGUCUCUGUCUUUCUCUACAAAAUUUAAAGUCUCUCUUGAUUCUACCAUUUCAUUAUUCUAACCAGAUUGGUAAAAAGUAUUUCCCUUUCUAAAAGGAUUUUGAAGGGUCCUCUAUAGCUUUCCUUGGGAUCUAUCAAAGUUUCUUGAAGAUAAUGCUUACAGGCUGAUUGAUCAAACCACCAUGGGGAAACAUCUCUGACUUUGCAAAAAUGGAUCCCCAAGCUUUUAUCCGUCUUUCAGUAGGCUCACUCGCUUUAAGAAGUCCCAAGCAUCUCCUCAACUCUGCUUCAACCUCCGAUGAGAAGAAGAACUCUUCUAAUUCCCAAUGCUCCUGCGAGAUAAAACUCAGAGGCUUUCCUGUUCAGACCACAUCCAUCCCUCUGAUGCCUUCCUUAGACGCAGCUCCUGACCACCACCACAGCGUCUCCACGAGCUUUUACCUCGAAGAGUCUGAUCUGAGAGCUCUCCUGACCCCUGGAUGCUUCUACAACCCUAACGCCCACUUGGAAGUUUCUGUUUUCGCCGGUAAAAAGAGUUCUUCUUCUCACUGCGGAGUUGGAGCUAAAAGACAGCAGAUCGGUGUGUUUAAGCUGGAGGUAGGUCCUGAAUGGGGAGAAGGAAAGCCAGUGAUUCUGUUCAAUGGCUGGAUAGGUAUUGGAAAGAACAAGCGAGACGGUGGUGCACAGCUUCAUCUGAGAGUGAAGCUUGAUCCUGAUCCUAGAUAUGUUUUCCAGUUCGAGGAUGUGACUACUUUGAGUCCUCAGAUAGUUCAGCUUCGUGGCUCUGUCAAGCAACCUAUCUUCAGCUGCAAGUUUAGCCGAGACAGGGUGUCACAGGUGGAUCCGUUGAACGGAUACUGGUCAAGUUCAGGGGAUGGAACCGAGCUUGGAAGCGAGAGACGUGAGAGAAAAGGCUGGAAAGUGAAGAUACACGAUCUCUCCGGCUCUGCGGUUGCUGCAGCUUUCAUAACAACUCCUUUCGUCCCAUCCACUGGCUGUGAUUGGGUUGCAAAGUCCAACCCCGGCGCUUGGCACGUGGUCAGGCCCGACCCGUGCCGCCCGAACAGCUGGCAGCCGUGGGGAAAGCUCGAAGCUUGGCGGGAACGCGGGAUCAGAGACUCUGUCUGCUGCAGGUUCCACGUCCUUUCCAACGGUCAAGAAGUAGGAGAUGUUUUGAUGUCAGAGAUCCUCAUCAGCGCCGAGAAAGGCGGGGAGUUUUUGAUCGACACUGAUAAGCAGAUGCUGACGGUUGCAGCUACGCCGAUCCCGAGCCCGCAGAGCAGCGGAGACUACUCGGGUUUGGGACAGUGCGUCUCCGGAGGCGGGUUUGUGAUGAGCUCGAGAGUGCAAGGGGAAGGGAAAAGCAGCAAGCCGGUUGUGCAGCUGGCUAUGAGGCAUGUGACUUGUGUGGAAGAUGCAGCUAUUUUCAUGGCGCUUGCUGCUGCUGUUGAUCUUAGCAUCUUGGCUUGUAAACCUUUCAGGAGAACUAGCCGGAGAAGGUUCCGCCAUUACUCAUGGUGAUCCAAAUGAAAACUCUUAUGUGUACAGUUUUUGAAUUGAACCCAAUCAAGGCAUUGUAUUAGGAAGAAACUGGUUUUAUGAUUAAUAAGUUUUAACUCA